AUGGAAACGAUUAGCAGACUGCCGCGGCGCUUGACACAGCUCUACUCAGAUACCAAAACCACAUGCGAUGCUGUGGUGGAGCAGGAUGCCAAAAACACACCAGAAUCGCAUGCGCUGCAUCGCAAGUUCAGGAUCCAAAAGGACAGGCUCAUAACAUGGGGCGUCGACUGGAGCGACAACGCCAAAGGAAAGCAGGGCGACAUUGACGACAGCGUCGAGGAAGCUGGCAUGACGGAGACUGUCACAAGUGUGCUCGGGACCAUCAAGGAGAUUCUCGAUGAGGCAGAAAGAAUGCACCCGGGCGCAUCUGCUGCUGGUGUGGGAAAGACAUUAUCUGGAGAGAAGAGUCGGCCUGACCCGCCCUCGUGGGCGCCCGCUGACAAGUCACGUUACGAGGACUUGAUCAAGGACCUCACCACUUCCAUUGACAUACUGUACGACCUGUCCCGCAACCGAAGAAACCAGAGAGGCCAAGAGCGAGGGAACAGCCCGGGAAAAUCUGCACCACGAUCUCGUCAACACGGCACUGCAACACCAGUGUUCCUGUCGCCAGACUACAACGCAUCUGACCUGACACUCGUAAACCCAGCCACCUUUUCGUCGAAUGCUCAGAUUCCCCGGUCCAACCUCCCACCAAAACUAGACUAUACUGACCUCAUCCUGCCCGACGAGGAACCGCCACCAUACGAAAGUGUUGGUACCACAUCUGUUCGUGUCAUUGGCCGCUUACGAUCUAGAAACAACCCGCAUGCCUGGAGAACAGACAGUGCCAGAGAUAAAGAGACCUGUGUGCUCGUAGAUUACGCAAGUUACGAUCCUACCUAUCGCCUUACUGGAGUUUCGCCAUCGAUAGAGCGUCUCGAGGCUCUUUUGGGUAUACUAACAAAGUUGACUAACAGCCAAUCUUUUCACGGCACACUCAAGUGUCUCGGAUACGUUGAAGAUCCAAGCCAGCCGCGCUUUGGUUUGGUAUUCGAAUUGCCGAGUUCUGUCUAUUCCGGACCUCUUGAUUCACACAAAUCUAUAGACGACUUGACGCCAGUUACCCUGCUGAGCGUGCUUCAGACGGGAUCGAAAUCCUUGCACAACUCCAACAGCGCGACGCCGCCACUCGAAGACCGCUUUCGUCUGGCCUUUACUCUCGCCUUGACUUUCAGCAAGAUCCAUGGCGAUAACUUUGUUCACAAGGACGUUAACAGUACUAAUAUUGUACUAUUUAAGAAGAACAAGCGCCAUUCUGCAAACAACCGAGCACUACAGUAUUCGCUACGGACCCCUGUCAUCUGCUCAUUCGAUAUCUUUUCCGACUGCGACGUUGAGGCCACCAACACGAUGCCGACACUAAACAUUUACCGUCACCCUGAGGAUCCCAAGUGCAGUGGCAAAAAACACCCGUACACGCCGAGUUUCGAUUUGUAUGGCCUGGGUUUAGUACUGCUUGAAGUGGGUCUGUGGCAGCCGCUCUUUGACUUGUGGAAGCAAAAGUACACCCUCCGCGAUUUCAAGCAAAGGAUUGAGGAUGUGUAUAUCCGGAGGCUUGCGUCCAAAUGCGGAACGGCUUACAUGCAAGUGGUGCGCGACUGUUUUUGGGCUGCCGAUGCAAAGGGUGACGCUGCAGAUGUCUACCCAGUCUAUUCCCGCAUCCUUACUAGGCUACAGCGCUGCUGUAUGCUGGACGAGUCCGAGCCCGGCUUCGACCUGAAAGACUUGCGGCCUGACGCUGCGAACAUGCAACACCCGUCUCCACUAAAGCGCAAGAGCGGCAGCCAGACUCAGCUUGCUGCCGAAGCUCAGCAGAGUCCAUCGUAUAGAAGCGCAAAGAGAUGGGCUAUGGAAAAGGGAUCACAGGCGUUGGAGAGAACCAAGUCUUUGUCAAGAAAAUCACCCGACUUGUCACUCGCACGAAACCCAUCACGAAGCUCACAACAUUCUAUCCGAAAGAGCAUCUCGGAAAGCCUGCGGAUGAUGAGCCCCAAGCAAGACACACUGGAUUUGGAAUGGGAACCGAGAGAUCCGCUUGAAGAAUCAGGCACUCUUGUUGAGACGCCACCGAACUCGCACGACCCAAGUGACGCCUCAUCACUGUACCGAGAGCGAGUGGUUACUGCCGCUUCAACGAUACAGCGCGCAUGGAGACAGUCACGCAAGCCUCCGGGUCAAUCCGUAUCCCUCAAAGAUUACAAAGAAAAGAUUACAAUCAUCCAGAAUGCUUGGCGACAGUCAAAGGAGAAGCGAACGAACAGCACCAUUUCAGCUCUUGUUACUGACGGAAUCCGCCACUGGCCGCAGGCUACCCUUGGGUAUCCAACGCCUGAGCCUGAGCCUGAGAUUCAAAGCCGCACAGUGGAUUCGAGCGAGAGUUUCGUUACGUCUUCGAUUCAGAUCGAGACGGAAAAUGAACCUGUCGCUCGUCCAAAGAUGCGCUUAUUUCCCGUCAAGUUCACGCCCGAGAUUGUGGAAGAAUGGCACUCAACUAUGCUGCCUCGUCUCGAGCGCCUCAUCGAGCGUGCACUCAAAGACUCUGAGGAAACUGUCAGCAUCGAUCUUGUAGCUGUGGGAGAAGUUCUGGAGAAGGCUAAGCCUACGGUGUUUGUCACUUGCAGUAGCGUUGCAAAGGUCAGGGCUAUUCUAGGUCGCCGCUUUCGAUACGACGAAAAUGUGUAUGAUUUGAAAGUCAGGAGGGGCAAGAUUAGGAGAUCGAAAAUGAGUCGCUCGUCACGUCGUACUCGACCCCCUCAUCGCUCCAUGAUGAACACCGACUCGUAUGGCGCUGACAUGGCUGUCAUGAAUCCAUGGCAUCAGCAGCGCCCACUCUGUGGAGCAUCUAUCGGCGCCUUCAAUGGACAGCACCUACCACCAGUUUCAUAUGGUGGAGUCAUUCUAGUCGAUGAUGAGCCAUUGGGAAUGAGUGUUCACCACCUGCUCGAUGCGCCGUCAGACGACGAGAGCGAUGCUGGUGAAGACUACGAUGGGCCAUACCCAAAUGAAACCACAUUGUCAAGUGCAGCGAACAACCCUUGGCUGAUGGGUAUGGGCACGCAGCCAGGUGUUUACUUGGAGUCAGAGGAGCCUGCUCCUAUGUGGGAUCUUGAACUAUCCGAUGACGAAGAUCUAAGGAGCGAAGAUGAUGAGGUCGACGCCGACUCUUUUGACUUUUCCGACAGCGAAUUCGAAUCCGACGAUGAGUCCGCUGAGGACAUGGCCGAAUCUGCCAUGUCACGUGCAACUACAGGCGAUAUCGAUGGCAUCCUGCCCGGCGAGGGCGAAGAGAUCCGAAUUACCCAGCCAGCCCUUGACGAUGUAGACCCAGAUUUCUUUCCUAACGAAGAAGACCGCGAUGACGACCAUCUCUCUUCCCACGAACUAGGCCACGUCCACGCCUCAUCCGGCAUCCGCCGCUGGAAGCGCGAUGGCAUCCUCCACGAAAUUGACUGGGCCCUCCUCAAGCUCAAAGAAGACCGUCUCCAACCCUACAAUAUUUGCCAGGGCGGCCGCCGCUUCUGCUUCGGCAACAUGACCCCCGAACAACGUAUCAUAGCUUCCAAGCUCAAGGCGCCCGUAGAUCGUCGCCAAUACACGCCCGAAGAAGACGAAUACCCCAACGGCGUCGCACCUGCCUCUUCCCUUGGCGGCCUCGCCGUUCACUGCUUCGGCCGCACAACCGGCCUCCAAGGCGGUAUGAUCAGCUCCGUCAUGUCCGCUGUGCGCAUCUACCACCGCAAAUCCUUCUCCCGCUCCUGGCACGUCGCCGGCGACUUUGGCGUCGGCGGCGACAGCGGCGCGUGGGUCGUGCAAAACGGCAAACACAAAGUCGUCGGCCACGUCCUUGCUUUCUGCCACAAAAACCGUAUCGCGUAUAUUUGUCCAAUGGAGGUCUUGCUCGAAGAUAUCAAGCGCACCCUUGGUGCUAAGCGGAUUUAUCUACCUGGGUCCAUGGAACAGAUGUCGUAUGCGGCCCGGAAGACUCGGCAUCAGCCGCAGCAUCAGCACCAGCAGGUUGAUGCCAUGUCGGACCUGGGGGAUAGAGUUCAUGGACUCGGUAUUGUGGAUUCCGCAGUCGAUGUUAGAGAAGCGCUUGCGUCGGGACCUCCUCCUCCUCCUAGUGUGAAUGCAGGCGGUAUAUGGAGCCAUCGCUCCCCACUACUCGCCCGCGCGGCAGCGCAGGAUGCAGCGGAUAAAGAGGGGCGGAGCGUGAUUCGGAGUAGUAUUGUGCGCGUGCCUGAGAGUACUAGGGAUGGCGGGAUUGAAAUGAGUGUUUAG